CACAAUUGGUCCAGAAAGCGUAAAAUCAGCAAUCAAAGGGGCUUGGUUCAUUAGUGUUGGGGAUGGAGACAGGAAGGACAUGUGAGAUAGUCACAGAUCUGCAGUGAACGGGGCCACAUCUCUCCAGUCAGUGUGGGAUGACUGAAGCAGAGGAACUGCUCUGAGAGGCACUACAGCGCACCCGGGCUCUGCCUUCACAGCGCCGCUUCAACUGAAGGACUCGGCGGAGGAAGCAAAAACGGAAAAGCACACAUCAACAGCAACUCUGGGCUAUUUUCUUCACCCUGAUAAGCGCCGUGUGUCUGACAGGGCGCCGCGCUCUUCUGUGCCGCUUUACAGAAAUUAACUGCUCGCGAAGCCGCGGACCUACACUGGCUAUCUGAGGGGGGAAUACCACUAAAAACAUCCAUUAUUUCACUUCGGUUUUUGUGGAUGCACCGAUGAGAGAUCCAGUUUUUACAGGGACUGCAAUGGCUUAUCACCCUUUCCACGCACACCGGCCGACCGACUUCCCCAUGUCCGCCUUUCUAGCGGCCGCGCAGCCUUCCUUCUUCCCGGCGCUCAGCCUGCCUCCCGGGGCGCUCACCAAGCCCAUCCCGGACCACGGCCUGGCCGGGGCGGCAGAGGCUGCGCUCCACCCGGCCCUCAGCCACCAUCAGGCGGCUCACCUCCGCAGCAUGAAGAGCCUGGAGCCCGAGGAGGAAGUAGACGACGACCCUAAAGUUACACUGGAAGCCAAGGAUCUUUGGGACCAGUUUCAUAAACUCGGGACGGAGAUGGUUAUUACCAAGUCCGGAAGGAGGAUGUUCCCCCCGUUCAAAGUGCGAAUAAACGGCCUGGAUAAAAAAGCCAAAUACAUCCUGCUGAUGGACAUCGUGGCGGCGGACGACUGCCGCUACAAGUUCCACAACUCCCGCUGGAUGGUGGCGGGCAAGGCCGACCCGGAGAUGCCCAAGAGGAUGUACAUCCACCCGGACAGCCCGGCCACCGGCGAGCAGUGGAUGGCCAAGCCUGUUGCUUUCCAUAAACUCAAGCUGACCAACAACAUCUCAGACAAACACGGAUUUACAAUCCUGAACUCCAUGCACAAGUACCAGCCCAGGUUCCACAUAGUGCGGGCCAACGACAUCCUCAAGCUCCCAUACAGCACCUUCAGGACCUACGUCUUCCCGGAGACCGAGUUCGUGGCCGUGACGGCCUACCAGAACGACAAGGUGAGCCACCUUAAAAUUGACAACAACCCUUUCGCCAAAGGAUUCAGAGACACAGGGGAACGGAGGAGAGAGAAAAGGAAACAGCUGACCAUGCCGUCGCUGCGGAUGUAUGAGGACCAGUGCAAGGCGGACCGGGAGGGCGCGGACUCGGACGCCUCGUCCAGUGAGCCUCCGGCCGGCAGGGACGCCGUCCACUCCCCGCUGGGAGCCGGUUCCAGCCCGCUGAGGUUCAGCAGGCCCAGUCGAGAUGACAAAACAUGCACUGACAGUGAGCAGGAGCUGGAGCAUCACGACGAGCUCUGCGCUGGCUCCAGCAGCCCAGGACCUGAGCCUGUGUCCCCCUACAGCUCUAGGUGCGAGGAGCGUGUGAGGGACAGGCCUAGCACAGAAAAGAAGGACGACUCCAUAUUCAGUAUAAGGAACCUUGAGAAGGACAAAGCAGAGAGCAGGCACAGGAAGGACAACACAGACGCGUUGACAAAGGACUCUGAGGCCGGAGGCAUCAGUGCCAGCAAGGAGGCCUUCUCCCCUCUCAUGGUCCAGACCGAGAGCCCCUCGCACUUCAGUCCGGGCCACUUACAAAGCCUGGCUCUGUCCGGCCUGCACAGUCAGCAGUUCUUUAACCCUCUGAACGCCGGAUCACCGCUGUUGUUUCACCCCGGGCAGUUUGCCAUGGCCCCUGGAGCCUUUUCUGCUAUGGGAAUGGGGCAUCUAUUGGCCUCUGUAUCCGGAGCAAGUGGUUUGGAGAACGGCAGCCUCUCCGCCCAGGGCACAGGAGGAACCCCCAACCCCUUCCCCUUCCAUCUGUCCCAGCACAUGCUCGCCUCUCAGGGCAUCCCCAUGCCUCCAUUUGGCGGUCUCUUCCCAUACCCCUACACCUACAUGGCGGCGGCUGCGGCAGCUGCUUCAGCCUCUGCCCUCCCAGCCACCAGCACAUCCAGCCCACUCUCCAGGAACCCCUUCCUGAGCUCAUCCCGGCCCAGGCUCCGCUUCAACCCCUACCAGCUCCCGGUGUCGCUGCCCCAGAGCUCCAGCCUGCUCACCACCAGCCUGCAGGGCAGCCUCAACAACCCGGGCUCUGAAUCCUCCAAACCGGGCAGCAGGGAGACGAGCCCGGCCCCAGAGCACCACAGCAACCACAAGACAGGAGGGUCAAGCGGGAGGACCGCAUCGCCCAAAACCUCCAUGAAGGACUCGGUGAACGAGCUGCAGAGCAUCCAGAGACUGGUGAGCGGCCUGGAGGGCCAGAGGGAGCCCUCCCCGACCGCAGACUCUCCCAAGUGAUAAAGACUAUCUGUUUGGGAUGAAGACUUAACCAGAGGACUAUAAGUGCAUAUGUCCUGUACAGCACAUUGUGGAGACUGGGAUGAGGGUUGGACCGAUAUGGGUCGGUGAAGGCCGAUAACUGGUGUUUUGCGGAACAAAGCUGCAGAUAGAAAUUUAAUCCGUAAGAUUGAAUUGAAUCUUUUGUUAAAUUCAAAGUACUGAGGACGUGUGUAAACAUUUCGACCAUCAUAAGACCCCAAAACUGUCCCCUGAAUCCCUGAGCUUUAGGGUUAGCAGGCACGCCCAUGGAAACUCUGGGAUACAUUUCUACACUGAUAGAAUAAAAAUACAAAAUUAGCAAUUCAAUAUAUAAAGUACAAUAAAAAAACACUAAACUAAUAAUAAAAUAUUUCAAAUCUGACUACAUCACAUCAGAGAGUAACACUGAUCAGCUCCACUACAGAAAUAUAAUCAAACUUUAUCAUAUCCAUUGUAUGAGAGGUGGACCACACAGGGCAGUAUCGGCCCCAUAUAUCGGUCUAUAACCUGCCUGCUGAGGGCCUGCAGCUCCACAGACUGAGCGGCGCACAGUGGAGAGAGUGUGUGUUGUUAACUUGAAGCAUUUGAGCAUCCAGGACCCGGUUUUGAAAGAGUCCCCCGAACAGGAGCCUCAUCAUGCCGACAGGCAGGUCUCUCAAGCUGCAUCCAAAAACCUUUUUUUUUUUGUCCAGGCCUGAUUAUUUCAAAAGGCAUGGAAGGUGAACGAACAAUGAACCGAUUAUCAUUUCAUGCCAGAAAAAAAAAAUGUUUCUGAACUAUUUAUGUAAUUAAAGAUUAAAAAAACAAAAUCUGUAAAUAAAGCUAAGAUCCAAGAAUAUGCAAUUGGUAUUAAUUUAUUCAAGGCUGUAUAUUAAGCGUGUAUAUAUUUCGAAUUUAAACGUUGCUUUUCCCC